AUGGCUUACUCAAUUGAAGAAUUAAGAACUUAUAAAGCGGUUACUAUCAUUACUUUAUUCUUAUCAAUCUAUGGUAGUUUAAAAUAUACUGGUGUUCCAGAAGGUGAUCUUGCUUAUACUCCUUUCUCGGGAAGUAACUUUUUAUUAUUCAUUUAUUGGGGUGUUUUAUACCUUUGGCAAAUCAUUUAUACUGCUCAAAUCUUUUUCCCUGAUGAAUAUAGAUUAUCUGUUAUUAGUUUGGUUGGUUGGCAUUUCCCAAUUUUUAACGUUUUGGUCUACAUUUGGUCAGAAUUGUUUACUUCAGGACAUUAUAUAUUGAGUGAAAUUAUAUUAGUUAUUAAUUUCUUCAAUUUGUUAUCUUUAUAUUUUGUUCACAAGACAUUCACUGUUAGACCAUUGCUUAAUUGGUUUUUGAUUCAUGUGCCAUUGACAGCCAUGCCUCUUUCUUGGGUCAUGUAUGCCAUUUUCUGGAAUGGUGCUGUCAUGUUGCACAUUCAUAAAUUGUUUGGUAGAAUCUUGGCUAAUGUAUUCAUUUGGGAUUUCUUGCUUGUUCCAGGAGUUUUCUUGUUAUUAUUUAAUGACUGGGCUAUUGGAUUCAGUAAUGCUUAUCUUAUGUUUGCUCUUGCAUUUGGACAAUUGGCAACUAAAGUUUUUGCCCUUCAAUGGAUAUUUGCCUUUAUAAUUGCAGGUAUUUUGACCGUUUGGAGUUUUGUUUCUUUUGCAGUUGGUGGUUUACGUGAAGAAAUUGGCGAAAAUGCUCCAUUGUUGGUUGUUGAAGAAGGAAACGUCUCUGAACCAGUAUAA